AUUCAAGGUGGAGACCCAACUGGGACUGGAACAGGAGGGGAAUCGUACUGGGGAAAGCCAUUCAAAGACGAACUGCGGCCCAACUUGUCCCACAAGGGCCGAGGGAUCCUCAGCAUGGCCAACACAGGGCCCAACAGCAACAAAUCUCAAUUUUUCAUUACUUUCCGCUCCUGUGCAUACCUGGAUAAGAAGCACACCAUAUUUGGAAGAGUCGUAGGCGGCUUUGAGACCCUCACCGCGAUGGAGAACGUGGAGAGCGAUCCCAAAACGGACCAUCCGAAGGAAGAAAUAAAAAUCAAGUCCACAACAGUUUUUGUUGAUCCCUACGAAGAGGCAGACGCCCAGAUCACCCAAGAAAGAGAGAAGGCCCAGCAGGAAGAGGAGGCAAUAAAGAGAGAAAGCAAAGAAGUCCGAAAGAAAGAACCUCCCACACCAAAAACUUACCACACAGGAGUUGGGAAAUACAUAAAUAUAGCAGCGGCGAAGCGAGCAGCGGAAGACGGGCCGUCCACCAGCGGGGUCGCCAAGAAGGAGAAGAAAACUGGAGGCUUUGGAGACUUCAGCUCGUGGUAGCCCACGGAGGAGGACUAGCUCCAAACCAUGAUGGAGAAGCUCAGGUUUGUCCCUCCACUGCUAUCCCAAAAAUAUGAGACUCUUGAGCAUAAACUUUCCCUUAAAAAUCUUUCCCCGGCAGCCCUUUGUCAAUUGUGAAGGGCUUGGGCAGGGGUCAGCAACCUUAAACAUUCAAAGAGCCACCAAGGUCCUAAUCAGAAGUCCCUUG